AAGUCUCAAGAAAGCAAGGCUUAUACUACAUACUUGUAGUUGUACCUCCUAAUCUCAAGCUCGUUUUUGCUAACUACAACUAGAUGAUCACAUGCGUCGACGUGUGCGAUUGUUUCUGUAACGACUAGAUAGAGUUCCUAAAUGAGAUCAAGAAAGUGAACAAACAUAGACCUCGGAAGUAGAUCUUAGAGCCAGAAGGGAUAGAGCUCUCUAAAAAUUUUCCCGCGGUGAAAAUGGUGGUAUCACAUGCAUGAAUCAUCAGGUCGUCAUGUAGUGAUAGAAAGUAAUGGUCUAUUAAAGUCUUAUGGAAGUUCUAAGUCGAAUAUAGAAUCAUCAAUUUUUUCAGUAAAUGAAAGAUAACGAAAUGCUUUUUCUUUUACAUCAAAUAAAAUGUUCGGUAAUUAUACAUACACAUGAUAUAGUCGGAGUUCUUGUAGGAUUUAAGUAACAUCAACAAAUAUUCUUGGUCAACAAAAAAUCUAGUAGAAAACUGAAAAUAAGCGAGUUACUGACUGAAAUAAAAGAGUCUUGACUAUUAUGUUUAUUCCAGUACCUUGCUUAUUUUAAGUAGUUACUCGGUUAUUUCAGUUUUUCGAAUAGUAGAAAAGCUAAAAACACUGAGUCAUACAAGGUCAAGAAUCAUCGAGAAUUAUGGGUAGAGAAAAUUAAUGCUACUGCUGGUUGAAGUACUUCUUAGGUAGAGUACGUAGGAGAUUUUUUGUGUUGUACUUCUAAGAUAUUUUUGCAGCAUUCGCCUUCGUGGCGACGAAGAAACAAACUCGCAUGAACAGGGUCAUAUAGUGAGGAACGAACAACAUGUAUGGCUGAAAAAAUCAACGAAGAUAAAUGAUUGCUAGAGCAGAUGGCCGGUUGGCUAUGGAAGCUGGCGGUCGCCAUCUUUCAGCCUUCCCAUUGUUGAAUCCACGAGAGGAAGAAGGAAGUGAAGUAGAAGCUAAAUCACUUUCCAAAGGAGAAAAGGUAAAACUGUGGAUGGCGGAUCAAAUCCUAUCCUACCCUAAGAAAAGAAAUUGUGAAGGGUCGUGUCAAGGAUUGCACAAACGUAAUGCUUUUAGGAGCACAGACACAAGACAGGCCACAGGCCUGAGCAGAACAAGAAUAGUGAAAAUCCGCAUAGAUCGUACACCUUGAACGACUAACACCAUGUCGUCUACUACGAGCUUGCAGAGAAUAAAGCAUCUGCUUCUCUCUGGAGCGGUCUUCGGUCUCACUGCAGUUUUCAGUGGGGAACUCGCUUUCUCUACCAAGAUUGAAUCUGUGGCAGCAAGUACUCUGGAUCAACAACAACAACCAACGCAAACAAUCGCUGUCGUUGCUGGUGCAACCGGACGCACUGGCGCUCUUACUUAUAAAUCCC